GUAUUAUCCUGGCCGGGUCUGAAGCUAGCUAGGGUUUUUGCCUGUGCUCUGCUGUAAACCUCCGCCCGUCCCCUCGUCGGCGCCCGCCGCGGCCUUCCCCGCCGCUGCCCCGGCGCCUUGUGGUUCGUCUGUGCGGCGGCGCCUGCCUCCCCUCCGUCCUCCUCAAAUCGGUGAUUCCUAACCCCUAUCCCUGCCUCGGGAAAGUAGCUGUUGGCGAUGACAGCAGCCGCCGCCGCCGAAGCCGGCGGCGAGAGGAAGACCGAAGCCCUCGUGCGCGACGACGCGCCGAAGCUGCUCCUCGCCUUGAAGGAGAUGAAGGACGGGCUCGACCUCGUCAGGAGCAAAGUCGAGUCCCUCACCCGGAAGGUGAGGAAGAACCAGCUGCCAACAGGCGAUGGGAUCGGGUAUCUGGAGGCCAAGCACCACCUGCUGCUUAGCUACUGCCAGGACCUCGUCUACUACCUGCUCCGCAAGGCGAAGGGGCUCUCGGUGGACGGUCAUCCUGUCGUGCGCAGCCUUGUUGAGAUUAGGCUAUUUCUUGAGAAGAUUCGCCCAAUAGACAAGAAGAUGGAGUACCAGAUCCAGAAGCUCACCAAUGCUGCAGAUAGUGCAGCUGCCCAGGAAAAGGUGCCAGAUGCUGAGGUGAAUGGGAAGGGUGAGCAACGGGAUGAGGAAGACCUGUUGAAGUAUCGGCCAAACCCGGAUAUGAUGGAUACCAAGUAUGCUCCUAAUGGACAGGGCAAUGAUGGUAUAUACCGUCCUCCGAAACUUGUGCCCGCGGUUGAUAAGCGUAGUAAAGACGCUUCAAGGAGAGAUAUAGCAUUAGCACGUAGUGCAAAAGAAAAUCCUUAUCUCAAAGAGAUUAUUGAUGCUGCUGCUGAUAGACCAGAAGAGUGGAAGGAAACAGUGGGUGAUGAAAGCAAAGAAUUUGUGAAUUAUAUGCGGCAGAGAGAGAAGCAAGAAAAGGCAGAAGAGGAGUUGUUCACUCGAGCUCCGGUAACCAAACGUGAGAAGUAUAUAGAGAAGCAGAUGAAGAACAAACUUCAUGGGUUAGAAGGCCUGACUGAUGGAUUCGACCUCGGAAUGAACAUGCUGUUCGAUGGAGACAAGGACGAUGGUGGUGGUUCAAGUGAACCUCGUGGCAAGGGUGCAGGGCGAAGAAAACACCAGAAAGGUGGGAAGAAGAGGAAGCGUCAUUAGUUGAAACCUGUCGUUACAACAUCGUGUUCCAGUUCAAACCAGACAUUUGAUACACGCCAAGCGAUUAAUAGGUGCCAGAAGCAGCAGUUUUGCCCAUCUGUGUAGAAACAACUACUCGGGGUCUCCAGAUGAUUGCCACAUGCUUGUGCUGACUUGUUUGUCAUCAUGAGUACUCCCACCAAUACCAAUUGAUGUCGUGCAAAUAGGCUUUCUGCUCAGGAAACUACUGUUUUCUGUGGACCGUGGAGCUCAGGAACUCGAAAACACUAGAAUUUUGAUGUGUCAUGUGCGAUGGAUUUAGGAUACUUUGAAAAGUGCCGUUUGGAUGACAGGAAUGAAAAACAUCAGGUCGUAUGUUUGUUUUCUUUGAA